AUGACUAGGGGAUAUCAUGCGUCAUCCUCAUCAUUUUCCUUAAAAUAUAUGCACUCGAAUUCGAGCAUCAGCACACAAACCAAUGCCAGAACCAACACCAAUAAAUCUUCACCCACAAAAGCUAUAACAGAGAUCGAUCAAUUCUCAUCGGUGGUAACCCCGCAUGUUGAAAUCGGAAUUAAACCUUCGCCCCUGACAUCUGCCUUAAUGAAGACAGAUCGUUUACUUGUGGAGAGCCUUUCAUCUGCCGGCUACGAUUGUGUUGUUCUACCGAUUACCAAUGCAAGAUAUAAAGGUAACUGCAAAAAUUACUUUUUGGAAUUCAGGAAGCGAAACAUGAUACACGGUUUGAAUACAUCCGAUGAUACUCCUACUGAUGGAAACUCAACUUCUAAUUAUCAUGGAAGAUCUUCCAGCUAUUCAAGUUCGAUGAUGGAUACACCAUCUUCCGGAAAUGAUCCCAACUUCAGCUACGAGACAAGCUUUGACCAUGAAAAUGGCACAACACAAAAUAACACAGAGUCGAUUGAUGAUGCCACUUAUGAUCUUGACAUCCUUGAUGUACCGUACCCAGAACUUUCCGAAGUGAACGUUGUCAAUGGCCCACAUAUAUCCAAAACUGUAGGUUUACUUUCCUCUUGGGUAGAAUUGGAUAAUGAAAACGGCCUGAUAAAUGAAUUCUCCCUACAGGUGAUCAGCAACGAGGUUUCAUACGCCCAGUAUAUCGGUAUCCACUCUCUGCUAAUUGCUCCACCAAAAAACAUGAGUAAUUUACAAAUCUAUGCCGCUAACAUUAACACAAUUCUUGAAAAGUUUCCUGCAGUCUGCAUUUCGGUUUCGCUGCCAAUGUGUGAGGACUCUGUGCGAGACCCCACAAGUGGGAAAAUUAUUCCAACAACAGAUCCAUUUUCUACGUGGGAUGUGUGGAAUUCAAUUCGAAUUCAGUGUAACUAUAAUAUGCACCUCUCUGUCUCGUUGGGAUCUCCGAAGACGAAUAUCUCACAGAAUGUGGUCGAUAGAUGGCUUCUUGAGCCGGUGAGAUUUUACCUUCUUUCAAGCUACCGGUUUAUUCCCAACUCAAAGCAUUAUCCAGUUCUUAAUAAGUUCAAUCAGCUGAUAAUUUGGAAGUUUAUUCAAAGGAAAGCCCUUUAUCCGCCAGUUUUACUACUUCACGGUAUUGAUAAGUUGAAAAAGGAGUUUGCCGAAUCUUUGAAUCUUAAUGUCAGAUCAUCCACCGGGAGCCGCAGUCAAAAUUCAGAGAUGAAUCCCGAUGAUGACAAGUCAUCCAAAUCCGGAAAUACUUCUUUUUUGGAAUACCUCCGGUAUUUAGUGGGCAUGAGCUACAAAAACAAUCAGCUUCUCCCCUUGGAAAAUUUCACCAUAAAUAAUUUUUUGAGUCUCAAUUUGUCUUUCGACAAGUUGAUGUCUCCGGAAAGUCUACAAUCGCCUCUCAGUCCAUUGACUGUGAAUUUGGACAACAACACAUACAACGUUUUUGAACAGGACCACGCAAAAUAUGAUGCUUAUGAAAGAGCAAUCAUAGCUGCAUUGAGAGAUUUAUCAGCUAUCGACCGAUUUUCAUAUUUUCCCCAAAAGAUCGGGAACAACAAUAAGAGUUGUGAAACUUUAAAAUUUGGGUCUGAUAACGCGAACAAUUUAAAACUAAAAAUACUAGUGGUUGGAUCCGGUCGUGGUCCAUUAAUUAAAAGGCUUUUCUCUGCUAUUGAGAAAUUGGACCUGAACAUUAAUCAUAUCAGCAUUACAACAAUUGAAAAGAAUCCAAAUGCGAUUAUAUAUCUACAGGAAAGAAAUAGGGAACACUGGGGGAAUCGGGUCACCAUUUAUAACUGUGACGUCAGACAUUGGAAGCCUACAUAUGAAGCGGAAGUGGGAUUUCAUCUUGUCAUUAGCGAAAUGCUAGGAAGCUUUGGUUGUAACGAGCUUGCCCCAGAGUGCUUGGAUUCGAUUCAGAGAUAUUGCGAUAAGAAAAAUUGCAUAUUAAUUCCGCAGGAGUUCACUUCAUAUGUUGCUCCAGUUAUAUCACCAUCACUGUUUUCCAAGGUGUGCCGCAUUAAAAAUGAGCAUAAAUUUGACCGGCCAUAUUUGCCAGUGUGGGAUGAAAUGGAUCUAAUGUCGACGGAUUAUGCUAAAGUUUGGACAUUUAAUUCGAAAACGUGUCUUACAGUGAAGAAUUACAGUAUAUUCGACAACAAGCAUAACAAAAGACAGGCUCACGUCGUACUCAAAUGCCACAGAAAGGGAACAAUACACGGCCUAAUCGGUUACUUCAGUGCCAUUCUUUAUAAAAGGGUUGAAAUCUCUACUUGUCCUACAGGGUUGGGACCAGAGCCUCGAAACCUUGUUUCCUGGCUACCAAUUUACUUCCCAAUCGAGCAGCCCAUAUACAUUACUGACGAUCAGGAAUUAAGCAUAUUUAUGAAGAGGGAGUACAAAGAUACCAGAGUAUGGUACGAGUGGUCCAUGGAAGCAUUUAUAUAUCUAUUAUCACCUUCCCAAAGGCUUUCCACUUCCAUUUCAAACGACCAGAGCUCGGCCAUCUCCGGAAAGUCAGCUGAGGCCUCACAAGUGAGAGUACGUACGGCUGCGACCAGAAUACAUAAUCCCGCGGGAAAGGGCUAUUGUAUGAAGCUUUGUUAA